CAACGAGGAGGAUGCAAGAUGUCCAGGGCCCCUUCUUCUACCACUCAAACUACAGGCUGGGAGCCAACGGAGGCCUCGAAGAUGAGAGGCAACUUUUGGUCGAAGAGCAAAAGUUGUGUAGAUCCCGAGCUCGCAAGUUCUCCCUCGAAACCAACCGACGCAGGAGGGCUCUGGAAGAAAGACAGAAGCAGCGGGACGCGCUCGAGCAACAGCUGGUCGAAAACAUCCUGAAGCAACGCAGAGAGCGAGUACAGGAUGCAACCGAGCGCUUCCAAAGAGCCCAUUUGCCCCCUUCUCAGAGACGCAGACAAUCUUUUAGAAGAAAUGUCCCAAAUAUUGAAGAUGCGCUCAAUCAAAUUCAAGGUUCCUCCAGUUCAUCCCCCCAGCAAUCCUCUUGGUUGUCCGGCAACUUUAACAUUAGCAGGAGCUGCACUCACUCUCCUAAGCCGCCCACAGUUUCUAGAUCCUCUCACCGCCAGGUGCUGUCUGCUGUGGAGGCCUACAGUAAACUGCUCCAGGAUCAGAGUCUGACUUGCUUCAAGAGCAGUCCACAAACUGAAGAGGCACAAGAGAAGCAACACGAUCGCAGUCAUCAGGACAGCCAACUGUCUGAUUGCGGAAAUUCUGAAAGUGUUUCAAGUAAAGACAGUUUAGAGAAUGAGGACCACAGCACAACCAAUCUACAGUAUUCCUAUUCGUCAUUCCUGCUCGACUCAGAGAAACCCCACCCAGACGUGAGAAAGACAAAUGAUUUGUGUCCCACAUCAGAGCUGACUUCUCUCUCAGCCACGAUGCCCCUUGGUGAUGACUUAUCCCCGUCAAAACUGCGAGAACCUGAGCAACAAAAACAAGCGGACUCGGAAGGGCCCGGCAAUAAUAAGAUGCACGUUCCCAAAGCAUCAUGGGGGUUCACGCCUAGAACGCAGCCCGCUCUGCACAACUGCAACUUAUUCAAUCUUUGUGAAAUUGUUAGUGCAGGCCCGGAGCACUUUGAGUUAAACUCACAAAACUGUCCCAGUGACGACAUCGUCGCUACAAACAGAGUUGCCCCCGGCAACGCAGCACUUGAUUCUUCAUGUCCAAAACAGGAGGCUCUGUUAGGACUCAGGCUGUACGGGUUCCAUGAUGACAGACACUUAAAGCAUCCGUCAGCCACAGAAAUUCUUCUGCCUGCUCAAACUGGCGACAGCAGAGACUUUUUGUUUGGGCCUCCCCCAAAGAACAAUAUUGUCCUGAGCGACAGUCUGUCGUCACAGAAAGAGACGAGUGCUUCCAUAAACAACCUCAAUAAGGUUUCAAACUCAGAGCCCAAGACUGGGAGGCCCAUUAAUGCAGCGUCGCUGCAACGCGCAUGCUUGUCGAACAUUCGGUCGGACACUCCUGAGGGCCUCAAGUGUCUGGAGGAGGAAGCUUGUAGCGGGCCUGUUUCUGCAAGGGUGUCUCAUUCGAUGUGUGAAGUCCGAUUCCUUAAAGGAAUCCUCAAAAAGACCUCCAAAUAUAUGCCCGGAGAUACCACGCGUGCGUUUGACCCAGGCCAUUUAAUUUUUGCCAAAGAAGUAGCCUUAGCAAUCAGAGACAGCGUUGAACUGACGAGGACCAAAAGUAAAGAUGUGGAGGGCAACAACGCCGUGCAAAAGAAGCUGCGUUGGUUUGAUGAGGUGCAUGUAGAGGAAGAGGACAGCGAGCGGAGCGCAGUGAAACAGAUGAGAGGCAAGUCUCCCAAGCUUAACAACAACUCAGAGGACCACCAGCUAAGUCUCGCUGCAGUCUCAGGGGCUUCCAAGCCUGCACCCGGCGUGACCCCACCGGCCUCCACUGGUUAUCAGUUUACAAAGCAAGCGUGGGCAGAUGUCGGGGUUCAAGUCAGCGCGCCCCAAGAACGAGCAGACGAGGUCAAGGUGCCGCGGAGCACAACCAGGACCGGUGGCCCCAGGGUCCCUCGGAGAGAGCGCUCCGCCAGAGCUGGAGGGGGUCCUGUUUCCUCGCGGACUAGAAAGGGCACAGUCAUUCGACCUCAAUCUGCCACCGAGGUGAGUCAGAUUGCCAAAACCCAAGGGAAUAUCAUGGUGCCCCGCCCACCCCCGAGGACGGAAUGGGAAAGGACGCCGAGCAUCGCCAGGACUCCUUACUGCGUGGAUCGUGCCGGUGUCAGCUGUAAAGAAGCACUGGCCGAGCAGGCCCUCCACAAGGACGCCUUUUUCUCACCUCGCACACAUGACGCAGUGAGAACAGAUAGCACUGUUAUGUACACACCAAUGCCACCCUCGUGCACCCACUCUGCCUCGAAGGGCAACACGAAGGGCACGCCCAGCUCAGGCCGUCAGGAAACACCGUGCUGCGGCAGCAGAAGGAGAGGGAUGGUGUGCAAAGACAAGGGCCUCUGUUUCGAUUGCACUCCCACGGAUGAGGAGAUCUCACAGCUCUGGCACGGUGUCCGCAGUGCCUUAGCCACCAAGGAGGCAAAAAAUCUGCUUCGCAGACAGGCCCUGGACAGCGGGCGGGUUGUGAGGAAGGCCUGCGUGGUGCAGAGCAGACAGCCUCCCGGCUCUGGGCACAGAAGGCUCCCUGCGCCCUCUCAGCCAACAAAACAGACUACGAAGCCAGUCCGGACUUUUUCCAGUUCUUACAACAUGGCCUUUCCAUACGAAGGUAAGAGUGUUUCCUGUCGCGGCCCGGUGUAACCAGGACGUGCCGGAGGCCUGCUGGAGCAAACGGACGUCGUGGCUGCCGUGGAAAUGGCCCAAACACAGAGGCCUGGCGCGGCGCAGCAGCGCAGCCAACAGCGGGGACCCACCGCCAUUUCAUUGGAAGAGCAGAAGAUCCUCCUCUCUCUGGACAGACUCAACCACCAGCUGUACUGUGUGCGGGCACACGUGGGGGCUGAUACUGGCUCAUGUGGUCUCGUCCUUACACCCUCUACGAGGGAAAUGAAAGUCACGAGCCAUCACAAGCAUCGUGCGUCCUCGGCAAACAGCCGCUCUCGGUACCAGAAGAAGAUCUGACUUUCAGCGUGUGUGGUUCACAGUGGUUUUCUCUCCCAUCAGUGCUUUAUACCUGUAAAAUACCUGUAAUACCAACCACUUCAAGUAUAUACGCCCCCAAGACAAUCUCCAAGAGCUAAGAGAUCGGAAGCAGUGGACUGUAGAGGCAAUAAAACUAAACUGAAUAUUUUUAAGUUAGUGAGCUGAAAGAGGUUUUGUAUUUUUUGGGGUUAUCUGCUUGGGCAAGAGCACAUUGUUGUAAGUGCCUUUUGAUAUUUGUUUUUUAUUCACUUAUGGAAAGAAAAAAAGCCCUUACAUACACUGUAGAUUUGCAUGAUAUUGUUAUUUAUUUAGAAAGCUGUCUCAUUCUGUAUUCUUUUUAUAUAUAUCGUAAAACUAUAAUUUGAUGAAAGCUAUUUUGGGACCAAAACUGGCAGUGAAC